GUGUGGAACAGAGAUGCGUUUAUGAACUCGAACGAACCUUGCGAAACAGCUAGUCACCAGUUAGCGACAGGCGUUAACGUUUUUCAUCGUUCAGAGAAGCGUUGUUCCUUGGCCAGUAUGUUUUACACUUGUGGCCCCAACGAGGCGAUGGUGGUGUCCGGCUUCUGCCGGUCCCCACCCGUGAUGAUAGCGGGAGGCAGGGUGUUCGUUCUCCCCUGUGUGCAGCAGAUCCAGAGGAUAAUUCUGAACACCAUGACGCUGAACGUGAAGAGUGACAAAGUGUACACGCGCCAUGGAGUUCCCAUCUCUGUCACUGGAAUUGCCCAGGUGAAGAUCCAGGGGCAGAAUAAGGAGAUGCUCGCCGCAGCCUGUCAGAUGUUCAUGGGGAAAUCGGAGCACGAGAUCGCCCAGAUCGCCCUGGAGACCUUGGAGGGGCACCAGAGGGCCAUCAUUGCCCACCUUACGGUGGAGGAGAUCUACCAGGACCGUCAGAAGUUCUCCGAGCAGGUGUUCAAGGUGGCCUCGUCCGACCUGGUCAACAUGGGAAUAAGCGUGGUCAGCUACACGCUGAAGGAUGUUCACGAUGACCAGCACUACCUGCACUCUCUGGGGAAGGCCCGGACCGCCCAGGUGCAGAAAGACGCCCGGAUCGGGGAGGCUCAGUACAAGAGAGACGCUGUGAUCCGGGAGGCCCAGGCCAUGCAGGAGAAGGUCUCGGCUCAGUACGUGAACGAGAUCGAGAUGGCCAAGGCCCAGAGGGACUACGAGCUGAAGAAGUCCACCUACGACAUCGAGGUCAACACCAAGAAGGCCGAGUCGGAGAUGGCCUAUCAGCUGCAGGUGGCGAAGACGAAGCAGGCAAUCGAGGAGGAGAAGAUGCAGGUGCAGGUGGUGGAGCGGUCCCAGCAGAUCAUGCUGCAGGAGCAGGAGAUCAGCCGCAGGGAGAAGGAGCUGGAGGCCAGGGUGAAGAAGCCGGCGGAGGCGGAGAGAUACCGGCUGGAGAGGCUGGCUGAGGCCGAGCGCCUGCAGCUCAUCAUGGAAGCGGAGGCUGAGGCCGAAUCUAUCAGGAUGCGGGGCGAUGCUGAGGCCUUUGCAGUGGAGGCGAAGGGGAAGGCAGAGGCAGAGCAGAUGAGUAAGAAGGCGGAGGCGUUCCGUCAGUAUAAGGAGGGGGCCAUGGUGGACAUGCUGCUGGAGAAACUGCCCCUGAUAGCAGAAGAGGUGAGCAGGCCCCUCUGCGCCGCUCAGAAGGUCACCAUGGUGUCCAGCGGGGGCUCUGAGGUGGCCCGGCCAAGCUGGCCGGGGAGGUGCUGGACAUCAUGGCCAGACUUCCGGAGGCCGUGGAGAAACUGACCGGAUCAACAUCUCACAGGUCAGCCUGUCUCUGUCAAAUCUUUAUUGUGCCUCAUUGUAUGAUUUAAGGAAUGUUGUGUAUGUCUUUGGAAUGUUCUUAAACACCACAAUCACUGCUGGUAAUGGACAGCUAUGCUGUUCUAGAACACUGAAGAAAAAACAUUCCAGAAGACCCACUCUUCAAAUGGCUAAUGGCAAUAUGACAUUACAUUACAUUACAUUACGUGGCAUUUAGCAGACGCUCUAUCCAGAGCGACGUACAGCAAAGUGCAAAUCAAACACAAGAACAAGUGCAAGAGGACCUGAGAGGACAGUACAGCUCCGAGUCCUAGUGUAAACAUACAGAUAAUCAGAACCCUUGAAGAGUACAAUCAAUUUUCAAACUAGCAUACCACAGUAGGCAGCUAGAAUACAACAAUACAACAGCCAAGAAAAAUAACAAUACCUAUACAAGUAACAAUAUCUAUACAUAAGUGCCAUUACAGUCUAAGGCUUGUCAUGGUGAUUGUGAGUUAGGGAGAGAAAGGUGUAGCCUGAAGAGAUGGGUCUUCAGUCUGCGUUAUGAAUAAUUAUAACGAUAGUAUCAACGUCACGUGAAACUGUCUUCUGAGCUGCUGAGAGUUGUGGUUGUGACUCCGUCCCUCCUUUCUCCCCCCCCCCCUCUUAACAGGUUGCAGAAGCCCCACCCGCAUGGGUUGAGCGAGAGGAGGAUCUCUGCAUAAUCAAUCUGAAUAUCUUCACCUCAUGCCUGUUGUCACUCCCUUAAUGUAGCGCACUCGUGAUGUCAUAGCAGCCAAAUUCCAUGACUCUGUCCGUCUGUCUGUCUGUAACCGCGCCUCCCACAGGUUUACACGCUGGGACCACUGUAGGGCGUCAGUCCACGUCGGUGCCUCGUACUGUAAUUGAUUUCGUGUGCCAUUUUGAAUUUCACCAUUCCCCAAUUCAUAACUUAUAACUGUUGUCCUGUUUAAUAUAUAUUAAUAGCCAUGUUGUGUGUUACUUAAAGCAGCUAUAGGCCAUAUCAAAUCAAAUAUAGCCAAGCCGUUUUGCAUAUCUUUGACUCUGUGUGCUCAUACACUUUGGCGGUUCCCUGUACGUUCCACAAAAACUUUAUUGGUUUCAGUUGGCCUGUGCGGUCUUUUGUUUUAAAAUAAAAGCAUAAGUAUAAGAGCAAGGGAAAUUAUUAAGAGGGUAGGGAAGAGGUGGAUUUGAAAGAAAACUAUUUUUUGUGUGUUUUGGAAAGUAAUAAAAACAAAAACCAAUUCUA